AUGGACAGUUCGCUCGAAGUGUCAUCCACGAAUCAGGUGAUUACGCUGCACUACUACAAUCUACGCGAGGCAGACAUCAAUCUCUACGAGCUGGAUGUGGAGUUGCUCUUCAGUCUGAAUCCAUUCGUGUUCAACAAGUCUUCGUCGCUCUUCAUUCGUCCUAACUACACGCAGCAUGUCCAGCUGCCUCCUGAAGUCGAUGGCGUGGGCGAGUUUAUCUACACGCUUCCGAAAGAAUACCAGGAGAAGAAUGUUUUGGUGGAAGAACGGAACGGAACGCUGCGCGAAGCCUGCUAUUCGCUGAACAAUUCGCUGCUCGUGGCACUGUCUGUGAAGUCUGGAUAGCUGCGAGUGAAAAAAAAGAAGACACAUAUGGGCAUUCCGUGCUGCUAUGUGAAGGUGUACGCGGAGACGAAGAGUGGAGAAAGCAAAUUCUUGAAGGAUGGAUUCACGGAUAUCAGUGGCUGUUUUGAUUCUUAUUUUUCGGUGAGUACGGAGGUGGCCGAACAAGCAAAGAAACUGGAGAUUUUUGUGGAUAAAGAGGGGUAUGGAUCGUGUAUUCGGGAAGCUUUGCCUCCCAUUUCUGCUGCGCAUUAGAGAGUAUGUGUGAGAAGUG